CUAAUUACAGAUUCAUCAGUGUCUGAAUUGUGUAUAAAUACACUGUAAAUUUACACUGGGCCACAACUUUCUAUAGCAGUGUUUGAUUUAGUGCUUGUUAUUUUGCUCUGUUUUUUCCUAGGCAAAAGUAAUGACUUCUCAAAUACGCCAGAACUACCAGGCAGAGUGUGAAGCCGCUGUGAACAGACUCAUUAACUUGGAACUCUAUGCUAGCUAUGUGUACUUGUCUAUGUCCUACCACUUUGACCGUGAUGAUGUAGCCUUGUGCCAUGUAGCUAAGUUCCUUAAGGACCAAUCCCAGGAAGAGACAGAGCAUGCUGAGAAAUUCAUGAAGUAUCAGAACAAGAGAGGAGGUCACGUUCUGCUCAAGGACAUCAAGAAGCCAGAAAAAGAUGGUUGGGGCAAUACACUAGAUGCCCUCCAGAGUGCCUUGGCACUGGAGAAGGAGAUCAACCAGGCCCUACUGGAUCUGCACAAGCUGGCAACUGAGAAAGAAGACCCUCAUCUGUGUGAUUUCCUGGAGUCUGAAUUCCUGGAGGAGCAAGUAAAGGCCAUCAAGCAGCUGGGAGACCACCUUACCAACUUGAAACGUUUGGGCCUGCCCCAGAAUGGCAUGGGAGAGUACUUGUUUGACAGACUGAGCUUGAAAAAGAGCAGUUGAAUUCUCACAUCUGAUAGCUUAAGUUGUACUUGUUCUGAAAGGAAACAAAUAAAAAAAAUCAAAUCAAUAA